GGUCAUAAUAUGUUUCCGGUGACUGUGUGUGCGUGGAGCUUGUAAACUUCAACUUCUACUUCAAGGAACAGUAACGGUUGUGAAGUGAUUCAAAUGGAGUGACAGUGUCAAACACAAAGUGUUCAAGAAACAGUUAACAAUAGGAUUUCAUGGUCAUUUGAGUACCAACAUCACACCAUGGAGCAGAACGGGUGGGGCCCUCCUGCUGUAGAUCUCAACUUCCUCAAGUCUGGUUUAGGAGUGCUGAAACUGGUACAAAUGAUACUGAGCCUGACGGGCUUCAUCGUAGCUGAGGUCACAGCAUCUCCAUAUAACUGGGAACAGAUGAAAGCCUUUGAAUGGAUCUCUCUGACCAUCUUCAUCCUCACCCUGGCAGUCUUCACCACCUUCCUGGCCUCCUGGCACAAGAGCGAGGCUGUGGUCAGGGUAAACUGGCCACUUGUGGAUUUUUGCCACUCAGCUCUGUGUACGGUGCUGUGGUCUAUAAACUUGAUUUUGGCACUUGUUGUAACAAGCGACUAUGGGCCAGGCGAGUUAGUUGGGGCCAUUAUUGACACGGUGAGAUCUUGGGAAACACCCACAAAGCAAUGUUGGUACAGCCCACAACAGGACAACACAGAGAUGAGUGGCAAAAAUCUGGAGAGGAGUACAGUAUUCCAUGUCAAUGGACAAGGGGGCACAUGCUAGACAAGAUUCUACCCAGCUUAAGGCCUGUGUGCCUUUUUGCUCCAAUUCAAAAUCAAAGAAGCAGGCCAGUGCUGACUGUCAUGUUGGUGCUACUGUUUCAAUGGAUUGUAUCUCAAGGAUACAUUCAUGAUUUACAGACAUUAGCUGUUAUGAUAUACAUUCUUCUGGUAUUCUCUUCUUUAAGCUCGAGGCAUUUGAUAGCAGGUUUGUAAUUGGGUCUCUCAUGAUCAGAAGCCAGAGGACCUUUCAAUAUCUGAAAAAAAAGCUAUGAUUCUCUGAAAUGGAAAAGGACACCAAAAUGGCAAUGGACACAGCUAUGACAUCAUGCAAAGAUACUCUAUCGCAGCAUGUGAGUCUGGUGAUGUAUUUGACGGACAGUUGACCUGUU